CUCUCUCUCUAUAACCCAACCAAAGGUUUUUUUACCAGUUCACCGGAACCACCAAACAACCGCCGCCGGCGUAUUCAAGCUCUCAUCGUCUUCUUGCCGCUGUGAAAUUUUCCGGCGGAGGCGGCCGUAGGUGAAGAGAUGAACAGGGACGCGUCGAGCUGCAACACCUACGACUACGGCGAUGCUGUCUACUGGGACGCUCGUUACCAGCAGGAGGCUGAUUCUUUUGAUUGGUACCAGCGUUAUGCUGCUCUUCGUCCCUUCGUUCGUAAGUUCAUCAGCACUUCCGCCUCCGUACUUAUGGUCGGCUGUGGUAAUGCUGUCAUGUCAGAGGAUAUGGUCAAUGAUGGAUAUGAAGACAUAAUGAAUGUUGACAUUUCUUCGGUGGCAGUCGACAUAAUGAGAAGAAAACAUCAGUUCAUCCCCCAGUUGAAAUACAUGGAAAUGGAUGUCCGAGACAUGAGCUUUUUCCCAGACGAGAAAUUCGAUGCUGUCGUUGAUAAAGGGACACUUGAUGCAUUGAUGUGUGGCACUGAUGCUUCAAUUAGUGCAGCUAAAAUGCUGGGAGAAGUGAGUAGGCUUCUUAAACCUGGAGGAGUCUAUUUACUGAUCACAUAUGGGGACCCGAAAGCUAGGAUGCCCUAUUUGAUGCGACCUUCGUACAAUUGGAAGAUAGCGUUGUUUAUAAUCCCAAGGCCAGGAUUCCAAAGGCCGGAAGGUUGUAACACACCAGAGAAACCAUAUCUAGAGCCAGUGCCUCUGACCGACAACGGCUUGCUGUUGCCGAGUUUUGUCAUAGAAGACCCAGAUUCUCACUUCAUAUACGUGUGUCAAAAGAUGGACGACUCGGAUCUUAAUAACAUAGCCCCGUAUCCAUUGAGCGCAGAUGUGUUAUAGGAACAAAGAAGGUACCUUACAAUACCUUUUAUCAUUUGCAUCCAUCCUAUUUUACAAGCUUGAAUAUGCAUUGUUGUUGUAAAACGAUGUUCCUUGAAAAGAAGGAGAAUUAAUAGACAUAAAACAACAUUAAAACUAAUACAUAGAGGGG